GGCUUUAAAAGAAGAAAGGGAGAAAAGGUUAAAUGAAAACAACGCAUACACGGAGAGCUGCUCUUAGAUCACCAUGCAUGGAAUUACUAAUGUUUUGAUCCUGGUGAUGUUGAGUUUAAGCUGGUCAGAUGCUCAUCUGAGGCAAAAGAGAGCCUGGAUCAUUGAUUCCUUUAGUAUCGUGGAGGAGCAUCCAGGCCCAUAUCCAUACCAACUGGGACGGAUUCACUUGGAACGCACAUACAGAAUGGAAUUUAUGCUUCAAGGCAGCGGCGUUGAUAAAGAUCCUGUAGGCCUUCUCACCAUGGACCCUGGGACUGGCAUGGUGAUGGUUAAUAGGAAAAUCGAUUAUGAGCAAUAUCAACUCCUGAAGUUAACAUUUGCAGCAAAGAAUUCAUCAAACAACAAAAUUGACACCAAACUUGGAGUUGAGAUUACAGUUCUUGACAUUAAUGACCACGCCCCUCGCUUUCAAAAGGAUGUCUAUGAGACAACGAUCUCAGAGUCAGCAACACAGGGAUCCUAUGUGAUGACUGUGUUAGCACACGAUGAUGACAAACCAGGCACAGUCAAUUCAACCUUUGACUAUAGGAUCACAGCUGUAAAACCAAAUACGCCAAAUGUUGAGUUCUUCAUCAACGACUUUGGAGCAAUAUCGUUCAAAGGAUGCUUGGACUAUGAAAUAGCACAAAAAUACAUAAUUUCAGUUCAGGCAAAAGACCACAGUCCCGUAAGUCUGUCCAGCUCUACGACAGUCAUUGUCCAUGUUGAGGAUGGCAAUAAUCACCUGCCCAUCAUUACCGGUCACUCAGGGACUGGCAUGGUGAAAGAGGGAGCGAUUGGGAUCUCUCCUAUUCAUAUCCAUGCCACUGACAAAGACACCCAGGACAGUCCAGGGUGGAGAGUUAGAUACACGCUACACGGGGAGAUAAGUGCUUUUUUCCAAGUAGACACAAACCCAGAAACCAAUGAUGGCAUCCUGACACUACUCAAGCCUUUAGACUUUGAAGACGGCGCAGAGAGGACCAUUUCCGUUUCUGUGGAGAAUGAGGGAGAAUACUUUUCCUGCACGGUGAAAGAGAAGACAACGGCUGGACUCUGGAAAGUGGUCACCAGUCAGGAUACAAAAAUGAUGACCAACACCUACUCCCGCCAAGAGUUCACCAUCACGGUGGAGGAUGCCAAUGAUCCACCCAGAUUCCUCAUUCCAGAACAAGAUGCUACGGUCAUAGAAAAUGAAGGCAUCGGGCAAUUAGUUAAACAAUUUACUGCAGUUGAUCCUGACACUACCUUCACAAGUGACUUUGUGUACAGGAUAGGACAUGACCCAGCAAACUGGGUGAGAGUUGACUCAAAAAAUGGACAAAUUUUCUUAGCAGGCACACCUGACAGAGAGUCCUUGCAUGUUGUUGACAAUAUUUACACAGUCACAAUCUUAGCAGUUGAUAAUGGGGAUCCACCCAUGACUGGCACAGCCACUCUUAACAUCUAUGUACAGGACCAGAACGACAAUUCACCCGUACUGAAUGCCACCUCCAUAGGCAUAUGUGCCUCAGACGGCACAACGAAGGCUGAGAUCUCGGCCAAUGACUUGGAUGGGGAUCCGUUCGCAGGACCCUUCACAUUUAAACUUCUUGAGGACCACAAGGGAUGGAGUCUUGACCCUGAGUAUGGAAUGUCUGUAAGUCUGAAGAAAGAGAGUGUGGUUUUUGCUGGUCACCACACAUUGAUGCUGAAGAUAUCAGACAGGCAGGGCCAGUUCUCCAUACAGAACCUCUCAGUCACAGUGUGUGACUGUUCCUUCUCAACCAGCUGCCUGCUACGCAGGACGAGUGUCCACACCAUGACAGGAGGAGCUGUUGGCAUCAUAUUCCUGGCACUGUUCCUACUCCUGGGCAUUUUGCUGAUGGUGCUUUAUAUAUCAUGUGGGACUGAGAAACCAGUGUUUGAUGUUCAACAUAUCCCUGGAGAGUCCUUGCUGCCAUCCAACAUUGAAAUGCCAGGCAUUGACUGUGAGCUCCCUACCACACUGGUUUCCAGGGAUCAGGCACAGACACUUAAAAAAAAGAAUCAUGCUAAGGGUUCGAUUCAGCACUUCAGUAACAACCAGCAGAUUUUAUACAAGAGCUACUACAACAUCUAUGGCGAUACACACAGAUACCAACACACUGGGAAAUAUAGUGAACAUCACCAGGUCAAGAGUCUUUAUGCUGCUGGAAGCCUUUAUCAUGAAAUGAUGACAACACAGAGAAGAGAUAUGGCACUGGAAGUGUUUAUCACUGGAGAUCGAGCUGCCUUGAAGUCUCUGCUUGAAACGAGAUUGUCCUUGAUCGAGACACCCAACAGGGAGCUGUGUGAUUAUGAGCCACGUGAAUACGUUUACGAGAAGGAUGAAUCGGAGACACUUCCUGAUCUGGACCCCAUUCUCAUCCCAGAACACAGAUUUGACCCUGACCAGCUGCUGGAUUUGGGCCCAAGCUUUUCCACACUGGCUUCAAUAUGUGAACCUCUGCCAGAGAACUGUUCAUUUGAGGAUUAAUAUUACACUGAGUGUUAGUUCAGAUGUUUUUUAAAUGUCUGAACUAAAGGUGCUGUUACUCAAUCAGUGUGGGGUAAACUAAGAGGACUGUAAAAAAUGUCACAGUAGGAAUGCAUGAAAAAAAUGAGUCAACUUAUUACACGUGAAAAUAUCAAGGAAAAAUAUAACCCUAUUAUUUUUAAGAAUAUAGACUUUAAGAAAUCAUGGAAAUUUACUAAAAUUAUUAUGUAUACAAAAAAAAAUGUGUAAAAUAUCUCAAUGCAAUUAAGCAUAUUCAAAAUAAAUCAAGGAAAAUUCCCUGAUUUUUUCUGGUUAAUUUCGCAUGAUAAAAUCACGUGUAAUAUAGUUGCCUCACUUAUUUUGAGCAGUUAUGCAUGUUUUAAAUAAGUCUAUUACCAUACAUUUUAAAGGAUGUGGU